AUCAAUUGUCUCAUCGUUUCGCUUACCAUUCAAUCCGUAUUCACAUCACAAUUGAACUCAAAAUCGUUUGACGCCAACAAAUGCCACACUAUUGUCGACCAGAAGGUCGACAUCGACUACAAGACACAGAUUGUCAACAAUGAAUACAUCAUAAGUUUCAAUGGUUUCUACAAAAGCCAAACCCGUCGGCGCUUUAUAUCAUCGGCGCUCACGAACCACAAGAAUGAGUCGUCCAUUGAGUCCAACGAGUGGGAGAUAAUUGAUCGCCAGAAUGCUGGCCAACAGUUUCCCAGUGAUUUCGAUGUCAUUCAUGUGAACAGUUCCAUCGAUUGGGAACUAUUGGCACAAACACUGCAAAGACAUCCGAACAUCAAGAAAGUGGUUCCACAGAAGAUGAUCACGCGGUUCAUCAAAAUUGUCAAUUAUUCGAUUUCCAUCGAUUGGCAACUAUUGGCACAAACACUGCAAAGGCAUCCGAACAUCAAGAAAGUGGUUCCACAGAAGAUGAUCACGCGGUUCAUCAAAGUUGUCAAUUCAUCCCAUUAUGAUGUGGUGGACGAAGACGUGGACGAGUUCCUGGAGACAUGCGAUGACCAGUUCUGUUGGAAUCGUAACAUAAGUGACAAUAACUGGAAUUCAGACCAACAUAUCUUCAGAUCUCGUCACUCGCUUUCGUGGCUCAACGCCUUUAGCUUCAGUUUUGGCGGAAGUGGUGGCGACUCUCGAAGGCGUCUCUUGAGAGCCAUUCCGCGGCAAAUAACAAGUGUACUACAGGCGGACGUGCUGUGGGGGAUGGGUAUCACCGGCGCCGGUGUUAAAGUGGCCGUCUUUGACACGGGUUUACCUAAAAAUCAUCAGCACUUCAAACGAAUUAAAGAGCGAACGAAUUGGACGAAUGAGAAGACAUUUGACGACGGCUUAGGUCACGGGACGUUUGUGGCCGGAGUGGUCACCAGCAGUAAGGAGUGUUUGGGUUUCGCACCGGACGCUGAGCUGCACGUGUAUCGGGUGUUCACUAACAAUCAGGUUUCGUACACCUCUUGGUUUUUGGAUGCUUUCAAUUAUGCGAUCCUCAAGAAAAUCAAUGUUUUGAACCUAAGUAUCGGUGGACCAGACUUUAUGGACCACCCGUUCGUCGACAAAGUCUGGGAACUGACGGCUAAUAAUGUGAUAAUGAUUUCCGCCAUCGGAAACGACGGACCACUUUAUGGGACACUUAAUAAUCCCGCGGAUCAGAUGGAUGUGAUAGGCGUCGGUGGCAUCAACUUUGAUGACCAAAUCGCACGCUUCUCUUCAAGAGGAAUGACUACUUGGGAACUGCCGGGCGGUUAUGGACGCGUUAAACCAGAUAUUGUGACUUAUGGGUCUGCCGUUCGUGGCUCCAGUAUUAAAGGGGGCUGUCGUUCACUAUCGGGAACAUCGGUGGCGUCGCCUGUAGUGGCCGGUGCUGUCACUCUUCUGAUGAGUGCAGUCCUUCAUAUGGGAAACACCAUAAACCCCGCGUCUAUGAAACAGGCACUCAUGGCAUCGGCCAGACGUUUGCCAAACAUUCCCAUCUUCGAGCAGGGGUCGGGUAAACUGGAUUUGGUUCGCGCCUAUCAAGUGCUCCGGUCCUACAGACCUCAGGCCACUCUCAGUCCCAGUUAUCUCGAUUUGACUGACUGUCCAUAUAUGUGGCCCUAUUGUACUCAGGCCCUAUAUUACUCGGCGAUGCCUACUAUUGUGAACGUGACUAUUCUUAAUGGAAUGGGAGUGACGGGUAUUAUAAGUGGAAAACCUCAAUGGCAUCCAUACACCCCUCAAAACGGACAAUAUUUAGAUAUUGCAAUCACUCACUCGGAUAUGUUAUGGCCGUGGAGUGGAUGGAUGGCUAUAUACAUCUCAGUGUCUGCCGAUGCCCAGCACUGGGAGGGCAUAGCUCAGGGACACAUCUCACUGACCGUUGAAUCGCCUCCCAGUGAGAAAGGAGGUCAGCCCCAGAAGUCGGACAUCAAACUACCCUUAAAAGUGAAGAUUAUAGCCACUCCGCCCAAAAGCAAACGUAUCCUAUGGGAUCAGUACCAUAACCUGCGUUACCCUCCGGGGUAUUUCCCGCGCGAUAACCUCCACAUGAAGAAUGAUCCGCUUGAUUGGAAUGGAGACCAUAUUCACACUAAUUUCAAGGAUAUGUAUCAACACUUGAAAACAAAUGGCUAUUACGUGGAAGUGUUGGGCUCUCCCUAUACGUGUUUCGAUGCCUCCCAUUACGGGACACUACUGGUUGUGGACCCCGAAGAGGAGUUCUUUCCCGAAGAGAUAACAAAACUGAAGCGAGACUUUGAUGACGGACUGUCUGUCAUAGUGUUUGCCGACUGGUAUAACGUAACGGUUAUGAAAAAAGUGAAGUUUUACGACGAGAACACUCGCCAGUGGUGGGAACCGGACACCGGGGGCGCCAACAUUCCAGCAAUCAAUGACUUGCUUUCGUCGUGGGGUAUAGUUUUGGGCGAUUAUGUCUAUGAAGGAGACUUCAGAAUAGGCACUCACGACAUGUACUUCGCCUCCGGUUCCAGUAUUGUUAAGUUCCCGCAGAAACACAGCCUUUUAGUGCGAAGGGAUCUCAACGAUCAGGGAUUGGAAAUACUAAGCGGACAAAAGCUGGAGAUACCAAACGUGCCCAUACUUGGCAUGUAUAGCCCGGAGGUCGCGUCUGGCGCUCAAAAGGGCAGGCUUUCCAUUUAUGGUGAUUCCAAUUGUUUAGAUACGGCACACAUGCAGAAGGACUGCUUCUGGAUGCUCGAGGCUCUGCUUCAGUUCUCGACCACCGGAAAGAUUCCCAUUAUUUUCAAACAAUUGGAUAAAGAAGAGGACAUUAAGUCGAAUGAUGUGGAGAUGAGUGCAUCGGAUGACAAAUCUCCACAUGUUUUACAAGAACUUCCCCAACGAAUGGAAGGCAACCAUUUGUAUAGAUAUUCCAAAGUAUUGGACCAUCACAUGGAGAAUACGCAUAGUAUUCGAAGUCUUCCCUCGUGUUUGUCAUUAAAAUACGAAACACCAGUUCCACUAAAUAGGACUAACCCUUCAAAUCUUUACAAAUCUCAAAAGCUGUUAUCAGUCAGUGGUAUAGACAUUCCCAUGUCUUUCCCAUCGAAGCAUUCAAACAAUUUCGAGCACUUUGAGUCUUCGCGAUGGGAAACGGGAGCCCUUUUCAGUGAUAUUAAAGAAUCUGAAGUACGCCUCCCGUCUCUGACCACACUUUUCUUGUUAGUUGUGUUGGUUUUCCUAUUUCUACUCUUAAAGCAAUGGUUCCUUCACUUAAGACCUCACAGAACGCGUAAACGGAGGUCAAGAACUACUGUCAAACGCCUGUUACUACAGGCCUUACCUUCACGAGUGCCCACUGUU